AUGAUCCCCCGCCUCUCGUCGACCUCUUCAGUCGCCCUUGACUCAUUUCUCCACAUCGGCGUCGGAGCCGUGUCCCGCCAACCCCGCCUCCGAACGUCGUAUUCCUCCACAACACCCUCGCAUGCACACAAACACGACAUGUCGCAGAACGAGAUCGGGUCGGACGCCCAAGUACGGCGUCCAAAGAAGUUAAUUUUUGCUCCCGGAGAUAUCGAAGCACCAGAAACCUCCGACGAAUCCAAUGCCCCGUUGCAGCCGGAACCACAAUCUGCAGUCCCUCCUCACCUCAAUUCCGCCGAUGCUCUGCGCUCCGAGACGUCCACGCCAAAUUCGGCUACUGAAAGCCAGAUUCUGUCGCACCCGGCGCGUGCUCACCAAUUCGUGACCAACCCACCCCUCACCGUCUCUCAGAUGCACGGUACCAACCCACUCCAUCAAUUCCAUUCGUGGUUCCGCGACCCGCGGUUGUCGGCGAGCUCGGCGCCAGAGACAUGCACACUGGCCACGGCCUCGCUACCUUCGGGUCGUAUAAGUGCUCGAGUAGUCUAUCUCAAAGAGCUCGAUGAGCGUGGCUGGGUGGUAUACAGCAAUUGGGGCAGCCGGGAAGGCAAAGGCGGGCAGGUCUUUGGGCAGCAAGCCGACAGCGCCGACACACUAGGGCCGAUUCCCGAACCAGGGGACGAGUCACUACAAGACCCCAGCGCGGGGAAUAAAUGGGGUGCGUUGACAUUCAGUUGGGCAGUCACAGAGCGGCAAGUCCGGGUGGAGGGCCUACUAGAGCCCCUCAGCCGUGAGGAGAGCGAGCUGUACUGGCGCACCCGUGAACGAGGCAGUCAAAUUGGUGGCUGGGCGAGCUGGCAGAGCCGCGUGCUAUGGUCUGCAGAGCCACCACAGUUGGCCGAGCAUCAGCGACGCAAGAGUGUGGCCAAGUUACAGGAAUCAGCGGAGCUUGGUACUGGAGCAGACGCUCUCGCCAAUAUUGACGCUACGGAUAUUGAUGAUGGACGAGCCCUGUUGGAACGACGGGUCAAGGAGAUGGAGCAGCGAUUUAAAGGCGUUGAUCAGAUCCCUCUACCCCCUUUCUGGGGUGGUGUGCGUCUUGUCCCGGAGUCUGUUGAGUUCUGGCAGGGCCGUCGCAGCCGGCUUCACGAUCGAUUCCGGUAUGUGCGCGUAGACGGCAAGGGAGAGGAUGUCCAAUGGCGAUUGCAGCGACUCUCUCCCUGA